CAAAUACAACACGACGCUGACUACGCCAAAGUUUGACAUUGUAACACGGAAAUGUUAAUACAGCCUUAUUUUGUCGGAUAAUGUUCGAAAUUAAAAAGUGUGCAAAGUGAAUUACGAAGAUGAAAAUACCUGCGUGCCGCAAAGAGUCGCGGCCUCACUCCCUCAACGCUGCGAUCAUGAAAGAAAAGAGCAAGAAUGCAGCGAGAUCGAGAAGAGAAAAGGAGAAUGCAGAAUUCCUGGAGUUGGCGAAGUUGCUGCCACUCCCUUCUGCGAUUACGUCGCAGCUGGAUAAAGCAUCUGUCAUACGGCUGACGACCAGUUACCUGAAGAUGAGACAGGUUUUUCCUGAUGGCCUAGGAGACGCUUGGGGCGCCGCCCCACCACCACCGCAGCCGCGGGAGCUCUCCAUACGGGAACUUGGGUCCCAUCUACUUCAGACGCUCGAUGGCUUCAUCUUCGUAGUGGCACCUGAUGGGAAGAUCAUGUAUAUCAGUGAGACUGCGUCGGUACACCUCGGUUUGAGUCAGGUGGAGUUGACUGGCAAUUCAAUCUAUGAGUACAUCCACCAAGCUGAUCAUGAAGAGAUGAGCGCUGUUCUCAGCUUACAGCAUCCACAUAGUUAUUUGGGUCAUCAAUGUCCAUCUAUUGGCUACCCAGUCGGAGGUACUUGGAGCUCAAGUGUGGAUAUAGAAUGCGAGAGAGCGUUCUUCAUAAGAAUGAAGUGUGUCCUAGCGAAACGUAAUGCUGGUCUAACAACAUCAGGAUAUAAGGUGAUUCAUUGUUCGGGCUACCUCCGCGCUCGGAGAUUCGGCGAAGGUUCAGCCCCACUUGGGCUGAUAGCGGUGGGUCAUUCCCUCCCCCCCUCGGCUGUCACGGAAUUGAAACUCCACUCAAACAUGUUCAUGUUCAGAGCGUCCCUGGACAUGAGACUUAUAUUCUUGGAUGCUAGGGUAGCAUCUCUCACGGGAUAUGAGCCGCAAGACUUGAUAGAAAAAACACUAUAUCAUUAUAUCCACGGAACUGAUGUGCUUCAUAUGAGACAUUCGCACUGUACAUUACUAACCAAGGGCCAGGUGACAUCGAGGUAUUACCGCUUCCUCACGAAAUCUGGAGGUUGGGUGUGGAUGCAGAGCUACGCGACUAUUGUCCACAACUCCAGGUCUUCCCGGCCGCAUUGUAUUGUCUCUGUCAACUACGUACUAAGUGACAUCGAAGAGAAGAAUUUAAUUUUAAAUUUGGAACAAGGCGCGCCAAAACCGAACACAGACCCGCACAUCCCACAGGUCUCGCACAUCCGGCACACAGAUAGAGUAAAUGACGAAUUCGGCACAGACUACACACAAUUUCCGGAAUAUACUCUACUGCCGACAAUACCAACAUACGAGACCGACGACUACCAGAACCAAAAUGGCUACCAGGAUAUGUUUUAUAACGAAAAUUAUACAGAGCCAGAAUUGCCGAACUACGCAUACCCACAAAACCAAAGACCAUUUUCAGCGAGUUCGUCAUCUUGCUCCUCCAUUGAGAGUUCUGAAGUGAAUCAAUAUAGUUACACGAAUCUUAUUUCGUUCUAUGGACAAAAUGGCCGACCGGAAAACUUUGGCAGCUUUGGGAAAUUACCACAGAAUCAAAACGUUCAAGAAGGCUACACAAGCGUAAUUGUAGAUAAUACACAGCAGUUUCAUGGAAGUAAUGUCAACGAAUUCGUGCAUUGACUUUGUAUUUUAGGCUGGAAUUACCGCGCGGUAAUGGCCUAUGACCUUGGUAAUAUUACCAUUAAUUACCGCUUUGGUUAGGUACCGCAUAAAAGGCAUACCUGCUUUGAAAGGAGAACAGCGUUCGGUAUUUUACCGCGCGGUAAUGGCCUUUAACCUCGGUAAUAUUACCAUGAAUUACCGGUUUGGUUAUUCGCUUUAGAGGCAGCUUUGGAAGGAGAACAGCGUUCGGUAUUUUAACCGUUUCUGGUUUAUUUAUUGAGAAAAAGCUUUUUAUAUAACAUUUAUCUGUAACUCAUCUGAUAUUCAGUGAUGCUGCCCCCCAUGAACACUCAUAUUGCCAGCAAGUGCGUUGCCGGCCUUUUAAGAAUUGGUACGCUCUUUUUUUACAACGACGUGCGUGGAGGUGAUACGGAUGGUAUAU